UUUACAUGUUUUUAGCAUUAAUAUGGUUGAUAUUUAUGACAAAAAUGUGUUUUGUUGCAGAAGUUUGGUAAAACAUCAGAAUUAUUGACAAAGUCGUAUGAAUUUUAGUUUUAAUAUCUAAAACGUAUUUUUAUUUACAUGAUUUUCAAGGAAAUACACUUUAUCCAAAUUGCAAAUUAAUGUUUAGUUCAGUUAUUGCAAGAUCCAAAAUCUUAAAAAAAAUCUUAAAUGUGUUGUUUUCUGAGUUAGAUAAAACCCAAAAAAAAAGAUCGAUAAAAAUUGAUGAAGGAUUUUGUUGUGCAAACUCCAAUCAGGAUGUGACGCACGGAGAAUGCGCACAGCUGAUUCAGAAGCGCAGAGGGCCGUGCGUAAUGGAGCUGUCCGGUGCUGAAACGCUGCUCACUCAGACAGUUUUCAGAGCGCUCCGUUCGCUGGCAUGUGACAUGACCUUUAAUCAGCUCCCGGAUGAUCCAUCAUCGCAGACUAACAAAUGUCUGCUAAACUGUGAGCGCGUGAUCAUCGCCCGUGAUUGGCUGUGUCCACGCGUGUCCAUGCCGUCACCGGUGCUGACGCGUUCCAGAUUAAUGACUCGGGUUAUAAUUAGAUUCAAGGGAAAUAUUUGUGGAUUGGCCCCUUUUGAGCUCAACUAUUCCUGGUUUCUGUCUGCCACCUGCUGGUGGAUGAAUGCGUUUGUUUUCUGUCGCAUGUUGGAUUUUUUUUAAAUUUAACUGAGAAAUUGAGGAAAUAAGAUGUUUAAUGUUGAUUUUAAAAUCCGUUUUGUAUUUUCCUUUAAAUGAUUUCCUAUAUUCAUAAUUGCUGUUGAGAAAUCAAAAAUAUGUUGAGAGCAGGUGAAAUGGCAUCAAUUAGAGGGGAUUGAUUGAGCUUUAUCUCACGUGUUUUCUUUUUUUUCCUGCAUGAACAAAAGCAUCUCUCUCCCUCCUCCCCUUCUUCGAUCCUGAUCCCUCCUCACCUAUUAUGUGUUGCUCACAUCACCAAACUUCCAAGUCCACGCUGGUGGAUUCCAAUCAGAGCUGCACAAGACAACCAGCACUUCAAAAAAAAGUCAGACUUGAGGCUCCUUUCAGCCUGAGAGGCGCAGACAACCUGCAGACGGCUCUGCCUCACGGACGCGCAGCACCAGCGGAGCCACCGCCGCCGCCGCCGUGCGCACUCACCGUGACUCGGUGACCAAACCUCUCAAAUAAAGCGGUGGCUUCUCUGUCACUUGUCCUCAGGCGAGGUCACCUUGAAUGGGAACCUGUUUUUGUUCUCCUCGUUUUGGUGGCGCGUGAGCGCAGCAGUCUCUCCAUCAGGAUUUAAUUGACUAAGAAAUCCUCUGUUUUGGACUCUUCAUCCACACACACGUCUCUUUUCCUUAUUUGAUAGCACAAAAAAGGAAAUUUUGCCUGACUAAAGCAAGAAAAAGUAUUUUCUGAGGUGAGGACUUUGGCUCAGGGUCUCGGGGAGUGAUGGCGGCGUCUGCACCCACCUCCUCCUCCACCACCACCACCUCCUCCUCCUCUGCUGGCGGCGGCGGCGCAGCGGAUCCCAACUCGACAAAUUUACGGCCGCCGGGCUCAAGUUAUGAUGCGUGGUGUGGAGUUGCGCAUGGAUGUACUAGAAAACUGGGGAUGAAAAUAUGUGGGUUCUUGCAGAAGAACGACAGCCUGGAGGAGAGGAGCAGGAUUGUGAGUUUCCUGAAGGAGCGCACAGCCUCGAACCUGCUGUCCUGCGACAACAUGGAAGGAGACGCGCGUUUCAGGCGGACAGAAACCGACUUCUCCAACCUGUUUGCAAGAGAUUUGCUACCUGCCAAAAAUGGAGAGGAGGUCACCUUGCAGUUUCUGCUGGAAAUUGUGGAAAUCCUCACCAGCUACGUACGCAAAACGUUUGACAGAUCCACUAAGGUACUUGACUUCCAUCACCCCCACCAGCUGCUGGAGGGCAUAGAAGGCUUCAACCUGGAGCUCUCUGAUCAGCCCGAGUCUCUGGAGCAGAUCCUGGUGGACUGCAGAGACACCCUGAAAUAUGGAGUGAGAACAGGUCACCCAAGGUUCUUUAACCAGCUGUCCACUGGAUUAGACAUCGUGGGGUUGGCAGGAGAGUGGCUCACUUCCACAGCCAACACUAACAUGUUUACUUAUGAGAUCGCCCCAGUUUUUGUGCUGAUGGAACAGCUGACGCUCAAAAAAAUGAGAGAGAUCAUCGGUUGGCCAAACGGAGAGGGCGAUGGGAUAUUUUCUCCAGGAGGUGCCAUUUCCAACAUGUACAGUGUGAUGGUUGCCAGGUACAAGUUCUUCCCUGAAGUGAAGACCAAAGGCAUGGCGGCGGCCCCUCGGCUGGUCCUCUUCACCUCAGAGCAUAGCCACUACUCCAUCAAGAAAGCCAGUGCAGCUCUGGGCUUUGGAACAGAGAACCUGAUCCUGUUGAGCACAGAUGAGAAAGGGAGAGUCAUUCCUGCUGAUUUGGAAGCCAAAGUAAUCAAGGCCAAGCAAAAGGGAUACGUUCCUUUGUUUGUGAACGCCACAGCCGGUACCACCGUCUACGGAGCCUUUGACCCCAUCAAUGAAAUCGCAGACAUCUGUGAAAAGUACAACAUAUGGCUUCACGUGGAUGGAGCAUGGGGAGGAGGUUUGCUGAUGUCCAGGAAGCACAAGCACAAGCUGGAUGGAGUACACAGGGCAAACUCAGUCACCUGGAAUCCCCAUAAGAUGAUGGGAGUGCCACUGCAGUGCUCUGCUAUAAUGGUCAGAGAGAGGGGAUUAUUACAAGGCUGUAACUCCAUGUGCGCGGGCUACCUGUUUCAGCCAGACAAACAGUAUGAUGUGACGUACGACACAGGGGACAAGGCCAUCCAGUGCGGGCGGCACGUUGAUAUCUUUAAGUUCUGGCUCAUGUGGAAGGCAAAGGGAACUGUUGGAUUCGAGCAGCAUAUUGACAAGUGCUUGGACCUGUCAGCGUACCUCUACAGCAAAAUAAAAGACAGAGAGGGCUUUGAGAUGGUGUUCAGCGGGGAGCCGCAGCACACAAACGUCUGCUUCUGGUACAUUCCACCCAGCCUACGUGGCAUGCCUGAUGGCAAAGAGAGGCGGGAGAGGCUCCAUAAGGUGGCCCCAAAGAUCAAGGCACUGAUGAUGGAGUCAGGAACUACGAUGGUGGGUUACCAGCCACAGGGAGACAAGGUCAACUUCUUCCGCAUGGUCAUCUCUAAUCCUGCCGCCACCCGGUCAGACAUCGACUUCCUGAUUGACGAGAUCGAGCGACUGGGGCAUGAAUUAUAAAACCUUUGUUCAAUUCCUCAAAGCCUUGAGUUUAGCUUAAUGUUCCCUUUGUCUGAUGCCUGCAGGUCUUUUCAGGUAAUGCACAAACAAUAGUAACACACCCUGAAUGUUUCUAUGUCUACUGUCUUAUGCAGCAGUGAUGUUUAAUGACUACAUUUGCACACAUGAUUGUUUCAAAAAGAAGACUAAUCAUAAUAGUAUUUUUGCUGAAACAUUUACCAAAUGGAAAAAGAUGGAGGGAAAUUAGGAGUCAUUCCAUGUAAACAAUCCUGUUUUCAAAAAAAUAGACAUAUUGUCCAAACAAAAACAAUAAAAAAUAAAAUCUACAAACACACAUUUAGUAAUAUAUUCUACAUUUCAUAUCAGACUUAAAAACUAUUUUUUAAUACAGUUUUGGCUUUAAUGGCUCAACAUUAUCAACAUUUUUAAAUGGUGUAGAUGAUCUAACCCUGAUGGGGCAUAUAUAAACUAAAUAGUUGAGGUCCAAGAAUUAAACCCUGGGGGACUCCACAUACAACAACAAUAGGUUUAAAUGUUUGAUCAUAGACUAGGGUUUGUACUGCACUCUAUUUUGGUCUGUAAUUGUUUAUUGUUGUAAGACCUGGGUUACUUUUCUGAAGAAUUUACCAAUUACAGUUUUGAGGGAGUCGUGGGGUACUUUUUCCUCAUCCCUGGAAGCCCCCGCCUGGGUCCUCCUGGUACUGCAGCUUCAUUCCACAGUACAAAAAGAUUGAUUAAUGAUUCCAAAAUGGUCCCUCAGGAGUGAGUGUCCAUUACGUCUUCAAAACAUUUUUAGGAGAGGGGGUGAGUGUGUUUGUCUGUGUGUGGGGGGAUAAACUGGCAAUUUGCCAGUGUACCCCGACUUUUGCCCUGAGGUAAUAGGGAAAGACUCAACCCUCAUGCAUAGAACAACACAGGAAUCAAAGAUGGAUAGUCGUACGUGAGCUGAAGUAUUUAACUAAGUCAGAAUAAUGUGAUACUUCUUAAAAAACUCAUAAAAUCACAGUACUAUAUGUAUAUUUUUUGGAAACAGGGUUGUCAUCAGAAGAACAGCUGAAAAUCCUGUAAAUAGCUGCUUUGAAAAUAUCAUUGUGCAUUAAAAUAAAAAUAAAAAAACACUAAGCCACUUUUUCACAAUUAAGAUAGCACAUUUAAAAGAAAAAACCUUUUAGCACAUACAGCAUAAAUCAGAAUCUAUUAUAUGUGAUAAUAAAUAUGUGUAAUUAUCAAGACAAAUUCAUCACAACAGGAUAGCUUUAGAAAUACAGCAAAGGUGUUUUUAGACUUUGUGUAGAUUGUGUAUAGUAUUGUUAUAUUGCCUUUGUGCCAAAUGUGUCCUAGUUGUACAGUGAACAAAUAAUUUAUGUAAAUUGAUCAUACAGUUUAUUAAGUAAUAGAUUGUCGAAUCAAUUUUUACUGAGAGUCUAUUUAUCUGCCGUUCUGUUCCAUUUGUAAUGUGUUCCUCCUCUUCGGAAACUCUACUGUGUCAUCUCACAAUCUUUUAAUUAACAGUCUUUUUGUGCGUUUGUAAACCAAAGAAAGGUUUAGACACAAUAUUACCGAACAUAUAACUGGAUCGUGUUCUCUUUUGUGAACAGAUUCAUGUAUUUAUAUGAGAACGCUUAAUAUGCUGCCUUUGAACGUUUGUGCAAUCUAUGUUGUGUGCGGCGUUAUUGUGAUUUGCUGAUUGAAUGUUGUCAAAAUUACUACAAGAUAAGAGGUGUGGCUGCUGCUGCUGCCAAGAGUAUAAUAAUGAGAAAAAGCACAAUGCUAAAUCAUGCACAUGGGCAGCUUUUAUUCUGGAGAUAUAUGAUUGUCUGUAUUAUAAUACGUGAAGUGAAGUAAAGUUAUAAUAUGCAAGGUUUUUUUUUUUUUUGGCAUCACACGCUUCAUCUUUAAGCAUUUUGCCUGAACAAAUAAAUGCACAGUGUUUGUUAUCGUAUUGAAAUUUAUUCAACAACUACAUUCCUGAAUUAGUGGGAAAACGUUCCCUUGUCGUCUUUAAAUGUAAGCACUUUACUGGACCUAUUAUAUGAUUGUACCCUCAAUAAAGUAUGAGCAGAAGAACCCCUGCAGACAUGUUUUGUAGUAUGUGAAGAUGUUUAAAUAAAUGCAUGUAAAGGCGUUUUGA